CAACUCUUUGUCUUCCUGCGUCCACGACGCACCGUUUAGAGACAGUGCUCUGCGCUCCUGAGUACUCCUGAAAAGGUUGUCUGUAAUUCUGUUUCCGGUGCCCUCCUAGAUCGAGCUUGCUAAUCAUAAGUCAAGUAGCUAGGGGUCUCACGAGAAGAUGGGCACAUACAAAAGGACCUAUGAGCUUCUGGUCUGCUCACUCAUCCAUACGUCCAGGAGAACACCCAAACAUUCUCCCUUGGAGCUCGUCUGCCUUUUCUCUACACAUCCUUGACAACAUAUGCCUCGCACUAGAUAGUAUGCAUAGCUCUCUCUCUCUCUCUCCCCAAGGCUCUUCGCGAUUGAAUCUAUGUCUCACCUUGCUGCACAUGAAAACUUUGUAAUUUGCAGAAUGAUAAACGCAUGGAAUGUCGUCUGACGUUGAGUUAGCAGUUCAAGUAGGGAUUGUUCGCGCGCAAGGACGUGCUGGAAUGAUAUACGAAGUCGAACUGGCAGCCACUACGCCCACCGUUCUCCGAGGUUCUUUUGCAGUGAUGCAUGUAGUCAAAGACAAAUGUGGAUGGAAACCAUCGCAUUGAUUGAUCUAAGCAUGCAUUCCAGGACCCUGCUCCAUCACUUGUGAGGUUUAUUAAUUAGUCCAAUCUGCAUUUUGAAUGCACGAAUGUGUGGAGAGCAAUCCAUCGAGAAAAGCUGCGGAGACGGCCUCUUCUUUCUUCCAGCAAAGGUUCAAUUCCCAAAGUGCUACGACAACCGACCUGGAGAAUGAACAGGAUGGAAUUUUCAUGUAUGUGGACAAUCUUCGGAUGUUUGGCUUUCGUGCGUAGCUUACUACCGGUUGAGAUUGUCGAGGCGCUCACCAGAUGGCUCCGAAAGCUUAACUCCCAUUUAGUACCUUACGUUGUAUUUGAGAUUCCAGAAUUUGAAGGUUCUAGUAUAAAUGAGCUGUACAAGAACGUGCAAUUGCACUUGACUGCAAAGAAUUUGUGUCGAAAUGCUCGAAAAACAGUAUUGUGCAGGGUUAAAAACUCCACAAACACAACCUCCACUCUAGCAGGAGGCGAAGGAGUGAUGGAAACCUUCGAAGGCGCGAAAAUCUGGUGGACGCAUGCUGUGCACGGAUUCAAAACAAGUGACGGCAGCAGUCAAGAUCACCGGUCGUAUACACUGAAGAUCCACAAGCGAGACCGUGAUAGGAUAAUCCCGGCAUAUCUUGACGAAAUUCGUGAAAAUGCUUACAAUUUCAUGUUUAAAAACAGAGAAAUGCUUCUCUACUCGAAUAGCAAGUCGGCGUCCUCCAUGAGCAGGCACCUCUGGCAGGCUAUACACUUCAAGCACCCGUCGACCUUCGACACGCUGGCUGUAGAACCUUCGCAACUGCAAACCAUAAAGACAGACCUUGACGCGUUCAUCGCCGGGAAGGAAUAUUUUCGAAGAGUGGGUCGGCCAUGGAAGCGCGGCUACUUGUUGUAUGGACCUGCUGGAUCGGGAAAAUCCAGUAUGAUAGCCGCCAUAGCCAACUACCUCAAGUGGGACGUCUACGACUUGGAACUCACUCAGGUGCGCAGCAAUUCAGAGCUAAAGCAGCUGCUCAUUCAAACAACAAACAAAUCUGUUAUUGUAAUCGAAGAUAUCGACUGCUCUGUCUGCUUCGCUCACCCGCGUUCACGGCAACCAACGUCAUCCUCCAGUGAAUUGUCAUUCUCGGAAUCUUCGGAACAGGGGAAGCUGGAGGAUGACGGCGGCCGCAUCACACUGUCAGGCCUUCUCAACUUCACCGACGGUCUCUGGUCAUGCUGUGGCAACGAACGCAUCUUGAUCUUCACAACCAACCACGUCGACAAACUGGAUGCUGCUCUGCUUCGCCCAGGCCGCAUGGACCUCCACAUCCACAUGUCGUAUUGUACAUACUCUGCGUUCAAGACUUUGUCGCUCAAUUACUUGACACUGGAGAACCACCACCUAUUCCCCAAGGUGGAGAAGCUGAUCCGAAACGGAGCUAAGAUCACUCCUGCGCAAGUGAGCGAGAUUUUGAUUCAAAAUAGAGACAACUCCGAUGACGCCAUGGAGAAUCUAGUCUCCUUUCUUGAGCAUCGUGCCUGGAGUAGUUGUAAAAUUCAUCCUAAUGCCUAAUGACGCGAAUUAUCCCUAACUCUGCCCGAUGCUGUCUGGAGCGAGUUGUUCGCACAGUAAACCUUUUGGUCUGAUCACAAUAGAUGCGCCUGAGAGCACUCUUUAAAUGAGCACAGAUUAUGUAGAGUUUUCUUUAUGUAGAAAUGGGUAUCUCACAAAGCAUUAACACUUUGAAUGAAGCUGAAAAACUUUCACUUCGAUACUGAGUUCUGUAAUAAGCACCGCAAUCAUGGUGCAAAGAGUUCUGGUCAA